AUGACGCGCGUCGUGCGCGGCGUCCGCGUGGUCUUGACCCCCGACGCCGACGUCGUGGACCCGCGAGACGUCGCCGCGCGCGCGCGCGCGAGCGAUCUCGCGCGCGAGCUCGAACGCGGACGUGACGCGCCGAUGUCCGCGGGUCACGCAUCGCGGUCGGCAUCAUCAAUCGUCGAUCCAAUGCUCGACGUCGACGCGUGGACGACGGCGACGACGGCGAUGGACGAACGUCGCGAGCGCGCGAUCGCGGAGACGCGCGCGGUGACGACGUGCGACCGAGAGACGGCGGCGCUGGCGGUGGAUCUGGGGGAGGCGUGCGGGUGGGACGGCGGCGGGCGCGCGGAUUUCGCGCGGGCGAGCCGAGAGUUGGCGCUCAUGGGAUUCGAUGACGACGACGGACGCGCGAGCGGGGCGUUGGGCGUCGCUGGAUUACGCGUCGAACGCGCGGUGGAAGUGUGCCUGGCGCGGGAGAGAUCGUGA